UCCAAAGCUGGGGUAUGCCUUCCCAGAGGAGGGAGGCAGCAGAGCGAGAGCAACUAAGGGAGGCGGCGGAGCAGGAGGCAAUAGAGCGAGAGCGGCUAAGGGAGGCGGCAGAGGAAGAGCGGCAGAGGAGGGAGGUGGCAGAGCGGGAGGAGGCGGCAGAGCGAGAGCGACUAAGGGAGGCGGCAGAGCAGGAGGCGGCAGAGGGAGAGCAGCUUAGAGAGGUGGCAGAGCAGGAGGCGGCAGAGCGAGAGCAGCUAAGGGAGGUGGCAGAGCGGGAGGCGGCAGAGGAAGAGCGGCAGAGGAGGGAGGCGGCAGAGCGGGAGGAGGCGGCAGAACGAGAGCGACUAAGGGAGGCGACAGAGCGGGAGGCGGCGGCAGAACGAGAAGCCGAGCAGGAGCGGGUUGAAAGAGACUUGGAAGCCGACCGGGAAAGGGCGAGACAGAGGGCAGAGCAAGCGUGGGUGCGGAAGGAGAGGGAGGAAGCCGAGCGGGAGCGGCAGAGGGCAGAGGAACAGAAAGCAUCAAAGGCACGAGCGCGUGAGAGGGAGGAAGCAUCGCGGGUGAGCGAGAGGGCACAGAAGCAGAGAGCAGCAGAGGCACAAGCGCGUGAGCGAGAGGAGAGGGAGGCAGCUGAGCGGGAGGGGGAGAGGGUGAGGGCAGAGGAGCUUAGAGCGGAAGAGGUUGCGCGGGGGCGUGAGCGGGAGGCGAGGGAGAAAGCAGAGCGGGAGAGGAAGAGGGCAGAGGAGCGCAGGUCGGCCGAGGAGAAGCGGGUGCACGAGCGGCAGGAGAGGGAAAAGGCAGUUGAGCGGGAGAUGGAGAGACUGCGGGCAGAGAUACAAAAAGCGGCAGAGGUGGCGCAAGUGCGCGAGCAGGAGGAGAGGGAGAUGGCUGCUGAGCGUGAGAGGGAGAGGGUGAGAGUGAGGGCAGAGAAACUUAAGGCAGUAGAGGAGGUGCGGGAGCGUGAGCUGGAGAGGGAGGCAGCAGAGUGGAUGAGGAAGAGGGCAGAGGAGCAGAGGGCAGCAGAGGAGGCGCGGGUGCGCGAGCGGGAAGAGAGAGAGAAGGCUGCUGAGCAGGAGAGGGAGAGGGUGAGGGUUGAGAAACUUAAAGCGGCAGAGGAGGCGCGGGAGCGUGAGCGGGAAGAGAGGGAGCAGGAGAGGGAGAGGCUAAGGGCAGAGGAUCUUAGAGCGGCAGAGGUGGCGCGGGUGCGCCAACGCGAGGAAGCGGAGCGAGAAAGGGAGAGGCAGAGGGUGCACGAGCUGAGAGCGGCAGAGGUGGCACAGAUGCGCGAGCGGGCGGAGAGGGAGAAGGCAGCUGAGCAGGAGAGGGAGAUGGUGAGGGCAGAGGAAAUUAGAGCGGCAGAGGAAGCGCGGGAGCGCCAGCAGGAGAGGGAGGCGGCAGAGCGGGUGAGGAAGAGGGCAGAGGAGAGGGCGGCAGAGGAGACGCGGGUGCCCGAGCGGGCGGAGAGGGAGAAGGCUGCCGAGCGUGAGAGGGAGAGGGUGAGGGCAAAGAAACUUAAAGUGGCAGAGGAGGCGUGGUAGCACGAGCUGGAGAGGGAGGCGGCAGU